CGCGAUAAAAUGUCACGUCCUAUAUUCAGAGCGAGCAAACACCGUAUUUAGGAUUUAGGGUAAACUUUAAGCCAUCCAUGAUAAAACUCGUCGGAGCUAGCUAAUGCUAAUAACGUUACGGUUGACAACAAGCUCCACUGAAAUUUAAGAAAAUGAGGAAGUGAAAAAUAACAGUGGGACACAGAUACCGCCCAAAUAUGUAAUCCUCGCAUUGGAUUAUAGUAUUUUGCGACUAUUCUAUGUUUUUUGGCACAGAUCUGAACCGCUUAUCUGGAUAGCUAACUCUCCUGCCUCUCUCAAAACUGUCUCUUCCUCUCUCGCUUUUCAGAGGGCACAGUCGUGCUCCGGCUUCCUCAAGCCGUUUUUUUCCAAUGCUUUCCUGCCCCUCUCUAUUUAUGAAAACGUCACUUGAAGUCCCUCCCUGUUUGAAUCUCAUUAGUUUCUUGUGUGUUUCUCCCUGUCAAUAAUCCCGAAUCCAGAGUCUAUUUCCAUCCCUCUCUAUCUGUCAAUCAGCGCCGCCUUUGAACUGAAAACCACUCCGACCAACUUCAACUCACUCAAUCCGAGCGGCUCAGCUCCAUCUCCGGCUCCUUUUUCUGCCAAGAUUCCCCUCUUUUUAGUUUGUACAAACCGCCAGUCCUUGGAAAACGCUAAUACAGACCCUAAACUUUAACUCGGAUUCGGGAUCACAAAGAUCAAGGGUUUAAAAACUUUGUGUUUUUGCCCCCCAAAAUUGCUCGGGAAAAUGCCGCAGCUCAACGGCGGUGGAGGGGACGAUCUGGGAGCGAACGAUGAAAUGAUCUCCUUCAAAGACGAAGGGGAACAGGAGGAAAAAAUUUCGGAGAACUCCUCGGCAGAAAGGGAUUUAGCAGAUGUCAAAUCUUCUCUUGUAAAUGAAUCAGAAACGAAUCAAAACAGCUCGUCGGAUUCAGAGGCGGAAAGACGGCCUCCGCCUAGAUCCGAAACUUUCAGAGACAAAACCAGAGAAAGUUUAGAGGAGGCUGCGAAAAGGCAAGAUGGAGGUUUGUUCAAGAGCCCUCCGUACCCGGGUUAUCCAUUUAUAAUGAUCCCCGAUCUUACAAGCCCCUACCUUCCAAACGGAUCACUUUCUCCAACAGCACGCACAUACCUGCAGAUGAAAUGGCCCUUACUAGAUGUUCAAACAGGAAGCCUACAGAGCAGACAGGCCCUCAAAGACGCUCGCUCUCCAUCGCCGGCACACAUUGUUGGUCCCCUCUGUUUGGAAUUCCCUGGACAGACAGAUCUGAGCCUUCACCAAUUUCAGUUGUCGAAUAAAGUCCCUGUGGUACAGCACCCCCAUCAUGUGCACCCCCUCACCCCCCUGAUCACCUACAGCAAUGAGCAUUUUACUCCCGGGAACCCCCCACCCCACCUACAGACCGACGUGGACCCCAAAACAGGAAUUCCAAGACCUCCACACCCCCCUGAUAUAUCACCAUAUUACCCCUUGUCUCCGGGCACAGUAGGCCAAAUCCCCCAUCCGCUAGGAUGGUUAGUACCACAGCAAGGUCAGCCAGUGUAUCCAAUCACAACGGGCGGAUUUAGACACCCCUACCCCACUGCACUUACCGUCAACGCGUCCAUGUCAAGUUUUCUCGCCUCCAGGUUCCCCCCCCACAUGGUGCCCCCCCAUCACAGUUUGCACACCACGGGCAUCCCCCACCCAGCCAUCGUCACCCCCAACGUCAAGCAGGAGUCCUCCCACAGCGACAUCGGCUCCCUCAACAGCUCGAAACACCAGGACUCGAAAAAGGAGGACGAGAAGAAGAAGCAGCCGCACAUAAAGAAGCCGCUGAACGCCUUCAUGCUCUACAUGAAGGAGAUGAGGGCCAAGGUGGUGGCCGAGUGUACGCUGAAGGAGAGCGCGGCCAUCAACCAGAUUCUGGGGCGGCGGUGGCACGCACUAUCCAGGGAAGAACAGGCGAAAUACUACGAGCUGGCCAGAAAAGAGCGACAACUGCACAUGCAGCUGUACCCCGGCUGGUCGGCGCGAGACAACUAUGCGGGUAACCAACAGGGCAAGAAGAAGAAGCGGAAAAGGGACAAGCAGCCAGGAGAGGGCAGUGACCACAGAGAAUAUUUUCCAAAUCCUUGCCUUUCCCUCCCUCCGAUUACAGAUGCAAAUACCCCAAAGAAGUGUCGUGCCUUGUUCGGCCUUGAGCAGCUGAGUUCAUGGUGCAAACCAUGCAGGAGAAAAAAAAAGUGUAUCCGCUACAUUCAAGGUGAAGGCAGCUGUGCCAGCCCCCCCUCUUCGGACGGAAGCUUGUUAGACUCCCCGCCCUCCUCCCCCUCCCUCAUCGGCUCCCCCUCGAAAGACUCCAAACAGCAGGCAGAUCAAACGCAGCCACUCUCACUGACUAUGAAGCCGCCGCCCCUGGCCGCGCACCUCUCCAUGCCCACGUCUUUAGUCCUGUUGGAAACCGCGGCGGCGGCCGGCAAAGCCGGCGCCACCAACGGGCCUUUGGAGCGCCCCACCAUUUCCCCCCGACAGGCGGGGUCCUCCUCCGCGCUGGCCAGGCCCUCUCCAACCCUGUGCCACACCCACUCUCUGCUACCCCAGCCUCUCUCGCUCGUAACCAAGUCUAUAGAGUAGAAUAGCCCUUUUAGCACUCGGCAGUCUCUUAUAGUUAUUUGUUUGUUUGGCUUUUUUUUUUUUCCCCUCCUGGUUUCCAGUAUGUUUAUACUUUUUCUGUCUGUGCGUGUGCCUUUUUUUUCUUUCUUUUUUAGUUCGUUAAACCAAGUUCAUUGGUCAAUAUUUGACCCAUCAUUAUCUCGGGAAAAAAAAAAAUAUUAAAAAAGUUAAGUACAAUGAAUUGUAGAUUAUAAGCUUUGUGAAUCUGCCAAAAUUUUUAUCAGCAACUGUUUUGAGUCUUUUUAGUGUUUAACGAUGAAACGGAAAAUAUGUUCAAGGUUGUGUAGUUCCACAUAGAUGCAUUCAAAAGACAAGGAAA